AUGGGAAACACUCAGGGAAAACCGGUGUCUUGCAAUGACGCAGUCAACCUGAAUCAUUUCCGGCUCCUGCGAGUCGUUGGAAAGGGUGCAUUUGGAAAAGUCAGAAUCGUCGAACGAAAGGACACAGGCCUCACAUUCGCAUUGAAAUAUAUUCGCAAGGAAGAAGUGGUUCGCUCGGAAAGUGUACGAAAUAUAAUUCGCGAACGGAGAAUGCUCGAGCAUUUGAACCACCCGUUCCUGUGCAAUUUGCGGUACAGUUUCCAGGACAUGGAAUACAUCUAUAUUGUCGUUGAUUUAAUGAAUGGCGGCGAUCUUCGAUUCCAUAUUUCCCGAAAAUGCUUCACGGAGGACGCGGUGCGGUUUUGGAUGGCGGAACUUGGAUGUGCUCUGAGAUACAUUCACUCGCAGGGCAUCAUUCACCGCGAUUUAAAGCCCGACAAUGUGCUGUUGGAUUCUGAUGGACAUGUUCAUUUGGCUGAUUUCAACGUGGCAUCAGAUUACCGACCGGGCAAGCCUCUGACGAGCAAGUCAGGGACGCUGGCCUACCUAGCACCUGAGGUCUAUGAAGGAACGGGUUAUACCUUUGAGGUCGAUUGGUGGUCAUUAGGUGUGACUUUUUACGAAUGCAUCUACAAUAAGCGACCAUUUGAAGGCCGAAGCCAAGAAACCUUGAGCGAAAGCAUUAAAAAAGCCCAGCCGAAAUACUAUAUCGGAGUCAACGAAUCGGCGCUAUCGGAUUCGAGACCUUCACCCGACACAUUUUCUUCGCCGAGAUCGACUUUGAAGCCCUCGAGCGGAAACAAAUUUCCCCCAGUAUUCCGGCCAUCAAGCGACAAAACCAACUUCGAUGCGACUUACGAUCUGGAGGAGCUACUUCUUGAAGAGGCUCCUUUAGAGGCUAGAGCGCGCAGACAAAAGCCGCGUGCCGAAUUAAGGGAAGAUGCCACAGCCAAGGAAAUUCGGGAUGAUGAGCUUCACCGUCUCAUUGAGACGAUGUUCGAGCCAUUCGACUACACCCUGACCAACUACCAAGGCAAUGCCGCGGAUGCAAUUGCCGCUGCCACGAAUCCUGAGGACUGCCUUCCAAUAGCCACCACAACCUCAGGGAACACAUCCGCAGCAAACUCAACCGUACAUGCCCGCCAAUUCUCCCAGCCCGACCCAUCUAAUCGCACGCAUCCCUCCCAUUACGAAACUUCUGCCCAAUACGAAGGCAUCUACUACCGUGCUCCGCCGACUGAAAACAUAACUAGUGUCAGCGAGACACUUGAUCCCAAUGAUCCCGCGAGCGGUCCCAUCUCGCCCUCCCCUUCGAACCGCGUGUCAGGUUCACCACCGCCUGCUCCGUCCUUCCACCGGCCUCUACCCAAUCGACACCGCGGUGCUACCCGACAAAUGAGCAAAAGUGGCGGUGUGCAAAUGGUUCUCAAUGAACAUGGCAGUUGGAGCGAGCUGGCCAAUACCUCCGGUUCUGCGGCAGAUGGAAUGGACAGUGGUGAUGACAAGGGAAAGCAAGCCAAUGGCAUGCUAUCGUUCUUCAGUCGGAAAAAGGGUCGUGACCGCAGUCCCAAGCCCACUGAGCCAGGUGUUCUCGGCAAGGAGGGAGCCAGACAGAUCAUUAGCUGA